ACUAAUGCAGUGAUAACCCAGUACUCUAUGAUCUACAGACACCCACUUAAUUGGACACCCAUAUAUAACAGGCAGUUUUGUUUGUCCUGGGGAAAAGCAUACAUUUUUUCUUUAAAAUUAACCAGCUUAGUAGGCACAGUAGUUAAUGUGGACAACAACCACUUUUGUGUGUUUCAAGUCAGAAAUUCCUAUAUAUUCUUAAUCCAGCUUUACAGACACUGGUUACCCAGGCACUUUCUAUUUUUCUUGUCACAAUGAUGUGCCAAUUGUAGACAUUGUACCAAGUUCACGGGUUAAUAAGAUUUUAUUACCAAAACAUCUGCAGCCAAAUAGCAUGACACAUUUGAUUUUGAUACAUCUUUCUUUCUUCCCCUGUUUGUAGUUCUUUGAUAAAUUUUCUGCCUCCUACUCAACAAGUUUCACGUCCUUGGCUGUUUGCUACAGUCAUUGUGUCUACCCUUCUUCCUCCUUGUUCCUUUAUGCUAUAUAUCAAAUAAAUCACGUGUCUGUGACUUUUUUCCAGAGAGCUAACUUAAUAUGGACACCCGGAUAAUACGGACACCCAGAUAAUAUAGACAUCAUAACAUGUCUGUAUUAACCUUUCCAGUAUAUAUUUUCUUGUCUAGCCAAAGCUUCAAAGCUGGCCCCAGUAAAGAGAGCAUCCAAAAAAUGCACACCUAGGUUUGAAUUAUAAAUAAAUUUAAAAAAAACGUCACAUACAACAAUUUCAUAAAGUUAUCUAUAAAAGUUAUGGGAAUACAAGGGGAUAUCAUUGACAAUAGUUGGAUGAGGUGAAAUCUGUGCAUUUUUAUUAGCGUUGCAAUUUAUAAGUUGCAAUAAUGAUCUGCAGUCAAUCGAUAGGGAAGGCAUAGGCAGACACAGCCUUUUCAAAAAAACAUGAGCUACAAAGAAUGUGACAGUCUUUAAUGUCAGCACUGAAAACUAUUAAAUUGAUAUACCAAAUCAAGAGCGAGCGAUCCCCUUAUUUAUCUAUUUAUAUUGAAAAUGAGUAAAUUAACUUUUCUGACAAAGAGAACUUAACAUUAGAUCUAAUUUUAAAAUCCUCAGCUCAGAUACGUAACACUAAACUAACAAUUAAAUUUUCAAUAAUAAAGGACAGCAGUCCGCUUAAGAUGGUAAAAAAAACACAUGCAUAUGACAACGUUAUAACGAGCUGGCUGCUUUAGAACUGAAACUUAGCUGAACUGAAAACAGUACCCAGUCUGAUUCGCUGUGCCUGAAGAGCUAUAAAGCAAAACUUUAUCUACACUUGGAUAAAUGAGCACUCGAGAGUGGCUGGAAGGCAGGUGAAAUUGGUGCGGACUCUCGAUCGUCUUGCCUGUUGCCUGUGUAUUAUUAUUAUAGCUAGUACGUAUACAAAUACACCUACCAGUAGUCCGAAUCUCCGUCGGCACAAACUGCAUAAAAUACGACUUGGUGAAGUGUGUUUUUUUUUCCUUCUCUGAGGCUAGCUGCCCUUAGUAUUUGACUUUCUCGUAUUCAGUCGGUGCUGGUUCUACAGAGUCAUCGUAAUCUACGAUUUCCUCCUUCACAAUUCCAGAAUCGGGCGAAGACGAGCGAAACUUUGAGAGUCGCUCGCAGUUUUCUCACGGUUCAGGUUUGUUUUCUUGGCCUGUUCAGAAAAUGAUGUCACAAUCAGAGAACAAUAGCUUUGUUAGUGGAACAUAAAUUUUUAAUGGCGGACGCGAAAAACCUACAUUUUCAAGCUCAAUAUUUUCACUGAGAGGGCGCUAAAGUUCAUUUCAAUGACCGAAACAGGUACUUGACAUUAAAUUUUGAUCGUAGUAGCACUUUAAACGUUUAUUGUUCUAAUAAUAGAAGGACAAGUUGUCCUUCUAUUAUUAGGAACGGUAAACGGCGAACUCAGACUCCUUCAAAAUCGCUCAAAAAACCGCUUUUGAGGCAAAAGGACGACGAUAUACCACAGGUAAGGUAAUUCAUUGAUUUAUAGACAUACGUAGCGAUAUAUCGUUAUAGAUCGUUUUCACUGUCACGCGGCAAAAAAUAAAUUGGAAACCGUCCUGUGGAAGAAAAUCAAGAAAAUGAAAUGUUAUAAAAAACUAAUAUAAAAACAAUUUGCCCAAGUCUCAGAUCUUUCUGGCGCACAGUUUCUGAGUAAUUUGCCGAAACGUUUCACGCACCUUUGUAGAGCUUUGUAUGGAGACGCCAUAUUGGUGUACCUUUUGGUGCACCGAUAUGGCCGCCGGAAAUCAACAAAAACAUCUGGAGUUCACUUUUUUAAUAAAAGCUCUUUCUUUUCACCCAAGAUUUAGCAUACGUGCGCAUAAACAUAUCUUCUAAUACUUGAAAUGGUUAUAGUGCUGAAAAUCAAGAGGGGCGACUUUCUUUCGACGAGACAGCAUUCAUAUCUUGGUGUUACGCACUGUGAAAACUCGGAAGUUCAAAUUGCUGUAUUUCGAAAUGAAACAUGUUACGGGAAUGGAAACUUGUGCAAAGAUUUACUUUUUGUUUAUCUUCAUCCUAGCGUAAAUAAGAAUUUUUAAAACCUCGCUAUUUUGACUUUACAAUUUGAUGACGUCACUGUGAAAACCAUCUAUAGGUGAAGCAAACGGUAAAAUCAGUACAUUUACUAUAAAAUAACAAUCGGUUACAUGCACACAUUGUGUGGGCUCCCUGUGGUCUUCCAAACGAAGCCCGGUUUUUCAAUCGAUAACAUGGAUAUCAAUCAAUCGAUCAAUCAAUCAGGAAUUAUAGAUAGUAUCGCUUCAUCGAAUUGUUUUCUGAUAUCGGAUUUUAUCGAUUACACUCUUCAGGAUAUUGUUCCUUGAUGCUCCUAAAAGGUGUGAUUAAGUAUAUUGUUAUGCAUUGUACUCAUUUUCUUUGGUUAAGAGCCCACGGCUAAUUUUGAAAAUCAGCGCAACCUACAGAUUAGUCAGUUAAGUGACUAAUCUGUAGUUUGCGCGCGCAAUGCAUGAUUUCCAAUAACAAUUCCAUCAAUUCAGGUUCCUUGCGACGGUGUGUUUGUCGUUAUUUUCUUCAAAACAAUGUAUAUAGCAAAAAAAUUAUUAGAUUGGGUUUUUGUGAUAUCCUAAGUAAUCAAGGUCUCGGUAAGUGUCAUCAGCGUCGGCCUUCGGCUAGGCCGAUAACACUUAUCUCGCUUCAACCUCUGAAUUAUUCCGGAUAUCACAAAAACCUCAUCCAAUAAUUGUUCAUUAUUAUAUAGAUACCCGCUAAAGGCCGCGCUGAGCACAAGCUCCUCUAAGAAAGAUUACAUCCAGAACAAUAUAUUUUGCGACCCACUUUAGACACUUAAAGGGACUAAGUCAUGCUAUUUGCUAUCUUUUUAAAAAGUUCUUAAGUGACUUCGCAUCAUUCGCAACAGUUUUGCAUUACACUAUAAUUAUGGUCUAAUAUUGCUAUUUCAGAUUAUAUUUAAGCAUUAAAACUCAGCUGAAAACUGCUUCCUGUUGUGCGUUGCAACAGAUUGUAAGGAUGACAUGGAUUGAAACUUAAAGAAAUUAGGCCAGCUUUUUCAAGUCACUUAAUGCCAUGCCUGCAAAAAUCACCUAUUUAUAGUGGUGUUUAGUUUUGUUCGAUAUCGUCUGCAAUAUCCUUGCCUCGUGACAUAGCCACUCUAACUAAGAGAAUACAAUCAAACCCCGCUUUACCGACACCCGCUUAUUACGGGCAACUCGUUAUUACGGUCUUUGGACAGUUUGCUUUAUCCUUAAGGAAAAUUCGUCUAAAUUCUCUCCGCCCGCUUAGACGAACCCUUUCUACGGCCCCCUCAGUGUCCGUAUUAACGGGGUUUGACUAUAUGAGAAGGCAUCACCAAAAAAAUGGAUUUGCAAAUAUUCGCUAAUGGCAAAAAUGUCGCAAAAUGUAAAAACAGAAGAGUAAAUCUGGGGCAAAAACAGUAAUGCCAUAAUUGCAUACCAGUUGACGUGGGGUCGGUUUUAAUUAAAGGGAGUAAAUGUGGCAUUUAUCGGGUUUGCCCCAGAUUUACUCCUCACUUUUUAUAUUGUAACAUAUCUGCCAAGAGCAAAUUUGUGCAAAUCCAUUUUUUCGUCUAGUUAUUUGUUAAGGUAAGACGGUCUCUCUGACAGGCAGCGCCCAACAAUUCGUGUUCUACUCUAAAUGAUAUGAUCAUGAAUGAUGUUCUUUUGGAAUGUUUGUCUUUUUAUUGUAAAAAAAAACAGAAAUUGAUUUUCUGAUAGCGGUGAAAGCAAAAAGAGACUUUAAAAGAGAUGUCUAUCAAGAGAAUCAUACUUCAUAUAAUUGAAAAGAGAGCGUACCGGCUUUAUAGAUUAACUCCAAACUGAAACUGUAGUAAUCACUGCACAGUAAUUCGUCGAGUCUUUCGAAAACCUAUUUUAGUUUACGAGAGUUUACAAGUGUUUGGAGUGUUUUUUUAAUUUCAGUCCAUUAUUUUGAUGAAUAUCACAAAAGAUAAUAAGUAUAACUUAAACUUGAUCAAUUUACAUAGUACUGCGACAAAUUCUGUAGCGAAUUCAGCGAAAGAUAUUGAUGCAAACUGCCAAUAAUAAUAUAACUCAUGAAUACCUCUCAUUAUAAUACAUUUAUUUUUUAGCAGGAUCAAUGACUUGAUAAACUGCAACGCGAAAUUUGUUUAUGUUCAAAUUUAUAGAGAGCUUAAGCAGCAGACGUUUUUGAGGUUACGAACACACCCUCGUACCCAGCGUCUUCGUUCCCCUUGACCUGCGUUCGGGAAACAGCGCUCGUCUCGUCAAGCCAGCUGAUGCGCCGUAAGGGACGAAGACUCAAGGUACGAGAUUGCGCCGACACCAGAACGCCAUGCACUUUUGAAGUGCAAGAUAGAACGCGAGAUUCUAGUACUCGAAAGUUCGCGGUUGGGUAAGAAUUAUUUGGUAAUUUCCGAUAUUGUGGUUAAAUUGAUGGCCUAAAACCAAGGAAAAUUCUUCUACUUUUUAUUCGGCGUUUUCAGAGAUGUAAACUCAGGUAAACAGUCUAUAAUUCUAUUUUUGGACUCGACAGCUCUAGCUGGCUACAGAACUGGAAGAUAGCAAAAUUACGGAAUUUACGUAAGAUUUACUCGAUUUCUUGCCCAUGUGAAUCAUCACCAAAUAAACACAAAUCCUAUUUCAGAGGGCUUUAUCUUCUUGUAACUUUUAACGACCGAUAUAUAUAUAUUUUCAAGAUAUAUAUAUAAAUAUAUAUAUAUAUAUAUAUAUAUAUAUAUUUAUAUAUAUAUCUUGAAUAUAUAUAUAUAUAUAUAUAUCUUGGAAACGUUUUCUAGCGAGACCCCUGUGAUAUUUGGCGCAAUCAACUUUGAAAAUGAAUAGCAAACUAAAUCACGGUCUACACUAUGAAAUAGUACACGACGGCAUUUCAAGCUUGGCGAAUGUGAAAGAUGAAAUGAUCAUAUGAGAAUGGGUCUCUUUCAGCGACAAAAAUCUUUCUGAAAUUCGAAAUGCCAUGAGUGAAGACAUUUCAAAUAGCUAAAUUAAACGCAGACAAGACGUUCAUGACUCGCGUUAUGCCAAAAAAGAUAAAUUGCUUAAUCUUCGCUUUUCGCGCCACGAACGCCGUACUCUAUCCAGACCGGGCGCAACCUUCUUUACGCGUCCGUGACCUCGAGAACGUCCGCUACUUAAGCUCCCUAAUGAUAUGUCAGCGAUCACGUUCACCACGACUCUGAUGAGUCAUCAAACACGAGUAUUAAAGAGACGCUUAUCCUCGAGGUGUACACAUAAAGGCUGCCUCUUAGCUUCAUUUGAUCCAACAAAAAACUGAUUCAACCAUGACGUUCAGAAAAUGGAAUUUCGUUUUCAUUUUCCUUACCUAUCUCAUUGUUUCUAGUAGUUUUGCAAAAAACAAUCCUCAAAGCGCUGUUUUCAACUCAGCGACGUACACAAGUGAUAAAACACGUCAACCGAUGGACCAAACCUUUAACAUCAACAACUGGGGUUUUGGAAGCGCUGAUCGAAAAAUUUUAAAGCAGAUGAAAUACAAAAUCGACUCUCUUUAUGAGAGAUCGACCGCAACAGGUAAUUUACUCACAUUAAAAUUUUCAAAAAUUAUUUGCGGGCUUCUUAUUAAAAGAGUGGAUGAUAUCACGAGGCUUAAUGUGAUAAUGCUAACGAAAUAUGUUCUAGUUUCAGUUUGUCCUCAAGAUGGUUGGGUCCGCUACGGAAACUUCAGUUACCUCAUCAUCGACAUUCGAACCCUAAAUUGGAGCGAUGCUCGACGAACUUGUCAGAUGUUUGGAGGAGACCUCGCUAUAAUAAAAUCAGCUGCUGAGAAUAACUUCAUAUUCACCUUGCUCAAGAAACAGAAAACCAUCACCGAUUGGGGUGUGUGGCUUGGUUUUGUCCGCAAGGCGGACAACAAGUUCUACUGGAUUGAUGACACUCCACUGGCGAAAGGUUACACGGCUUGGGCAAGCCGCCAGCCAGACAAUUCUGGUGGGAAUGAAAAGUGUGGAAACAUGUUCGGCUCGGCACACAGCAAUGGAGGCAAGUGGAACGACUUAACAUGCGAUCUCGACCCACCAAACCAUUGGAAGGUGGCCCCAGUUAUCCUUUGCAAGAAAAAGCAAAUUAUGUGACUAGUGUCCCUUAAGUCAAAAUAGAGUAGAACACUUUGAUGUAAUGCCAUUUAAUAAACUAAAUAAUACGACAUAAAUCAAAAAUUACGAUUUUGUGCAAGGAUGGGUGCUCUCAUUUUGUCAUGAGAGUUGUUCGUCAAAUAAAACUGCUUUAGAUUGAUAAUAAAUUCAGUUAAUUAAAAUCAAAAAUAAAAUGGCGGUUACACCUAGAAUAUGCUGCCCUUUCGUUUUCUUAUCUUUAUUUGCGACUUUAACUAAUAGAUCGUGUGUCUUUCAGUUGAUAGAUAACUAUUUCUAAACAUAGGAGGAUAAUAAGGAGCUCAGUAGCGACACUACGAUAACAUGAUUAUUAACACGAGUUGCUUACUACAACAAGAACGCGCUUACAGCCGCUGCCGGUCUCGCUUGCUUGGAGAUUAAAUCGAGAAAUGAGGAGGCGAUUAAUUCUACACAAAACGUUAUUUACUCGCUAAAGGUUUCUUACUUCCUACUUUAUCGACGUCGAUACUUUUUAUUUGUUUCUGAAUUGAUUUAGUGCACGUGUUAGCAACGACCGGAAAUACGUCUGCGGUCGCAGACUAUACGCGUGCAUAAAUACACGAAAAUUCAAGGGCCUCGAUUCCAGAGAAAUUACAUAACUGCCAGCGAUCAAAAAAGUGAUUUACAGGGCACGUCAAUUCAAUCAUCGCCGAAAAUGAACUGCAUUCUCUCCACAAGACUUAUUUGCAUACAAUGAAAGUUUACAACACCCGACCAUCGCAGUUUUGCAGUUUUUUUUUUCAACUACUCAGGUUGCGUUCGAUUGGGAAAUCUGGAUUUAGAUUUUGAAAUCCGGAUUUCGGAUUUUGCAAUCGAACGCGAAAUCCGAAAACAGAUUUCACCUCCGAGAAAUCCUUCCUCAGGGUGGAUUUCAAUUGAGAAAUCCAAAUCCGGAUUUCAUGAAUUUCCUUUUUACCGUUCGAUUGGGAAAUCCGAAAAAAGAUUUGCAAAACUGUUCUCGUGAACAGCGCUCUUCUUUUUGCUAAUUAUGCGUGUGCGUGCAAGACCGCUGUUCUUAAGAACAGUUUUUCAAAUCCUUUUGCGGAUUUCCUAGUCGAACGGUAAAAAUGAAAAUCCAAAAACAGAUAUAUCAGCGUUGAAAUCCGUUUUCGGAUUCUGCGUUCGAUUGCAAAUCCGAAAUCCGGAUUUAAAAAUCUAAAUCCAGAUUUCCCAAACGAACGCACCCUCAGUAGUGUUCACUUGUUCCAAAGUAAGCAACGCUUUGAAGCGAUAGAAUUCGUGGACCGACACGUUUCGGAAAGCCCUAAAGUUAACCUUUCCUAAACAUGUGUGACUUCGAUCACGCAAAGAUUCUUAGUCCUAGUUUCCACGGCCUCCGCUAGGAACACCUGGCACAAUGACUCCUACUUGUGUAUAAGAUACGAACAAAAAUGCGAAAACGCUUUGCGGAUUAUGGUCAUGAGUCUCGCUGCUUACGCAAGUGAGACUAAUGAGCACCCAGAAAAUAAUAAAUAUAAAAAAAAUAAACGAAAAAAGUUUGUUUGUUUCAACUCACAGAGAUGGUUUGAUAGUUUGACCACCUGCCACGAAUCAAACUUGAGAAAAGUGUCAGCAAUGUAUAGGCUUAGCGUCUUACUGUUUUUUUUUUUGUUUUUUGUUUUUUUUUUUGACGAGCCUUUUCAUCGAAACGCUGCUAUUUGUGCGAAGUAGGCUGCGUAACUGGAGCGAUGUUAUGCGCCACGUAAAUGGCCUCAUAAACUCCCGUGGCGUCCAUUUAAUUUUAGGGGUCCCAGCGGAGGUGUUUAAUAGAUAGGAAGCGUUAAAACAGAGAGAAGCCUUUUGUCUCAUAACUUCGACAAGCUCAACAUGCUUUCGGCGAAAAGAUCAAGAGAGUUUCAAAGUAGCGGAAUAUCCACUCUUGAUACGUCUAGAGAUCCAUAUCUCUCUUUCAAAUCCUAACAUUUGUCAGAACCUUCACUCGGGGCUUAUGCGUUGCCAUCGUUAGUCUAUCCUUACUUUGAACUUAACAUUGAACAAGAUGAAAUACACAAAGCCUCGUUAAUCAAGCAAGAAACUGAAUGAAUUGAAUAAUUUUGCUCCUUUUUCUAAUUUUUUGUAUUUCGGAUAAUUCUCAUAGGGGGCGUUUAUUAGAGAGGGGCGUCUAAUACAAUUUUAAAAGCGUAGAGGGGAAGUUCAUUAGAUCAGAGGCGUUUAUUUGGGAGUCGGCGUCUAUUAGGUCAUUUACGGUAUAGAGAAGACCUCCCCCAGGCUCCUUUCACCGAGAGCUAAAAACUAGUGAUCGACAUAACGAACGUGCUUUCAAGGCGUGCAGGUGUUUUCCGUUGGGGGAGGGGGGUUGGAGAGCACUGUAAUUCCUUUGGUUUUUGCUGCAUGACGUUUUUCUCCCCUCCCCUCAUUUCUUCCAACCGAAUCUGCCUCUACUUUUAAAACUAGGAGUAAUCGGAGCUUAGGAGAGUGCGUUCGAUAUAUUUGUUAGGUGUUAGCCUGCGUGGCAGGCGUUCGAAAAAGGAAGGGAAGGGAAUUAGGGCGCGAGACCACGCGCGAGGGAGGAGGGAGGAGGGGAACGCCUACUAAUUAAAAAAAUAACAAAAAUAACGCAACUGUGAAUGACUAGCUGUCAAAUAAGUCUGGCCACGAUGCACGUAUUCUGGUUGUAUUUCUCGCACUGUUUUUCUUUUAUUUUCCUAAAACAAGAAAUCUAAAGUAAAGGUACUAUAAAAAAACUUCAAAUGAGGUCGUUCAUCGAAGGAAUCUUCCUUGAAACUUGCAACGACACGUGCCGAGUUACAUAUAAUCGAUCCAGCAUAAAUCUAUUCAAGUUGUUGCUGAAGGAAUCGGGCUGGAAAACUAAUUAAGUAAUGAUCCCGUAAGGUGGAUCGCAAUUUCUUUUGUUAUGGGGCAACGGUGCUUUCCCCACAAUGUUGGGACCUGCAGUAAAUCGUGGGAAGGAUACAACCCAUAAGUCUUUGUAAACCAUGGGUAAUGAGCGUGCGUGGCCCCAACAAAGUUGGAAGAGCUGUGCAAACGGAUUCAACAUUGUUGCGCCACGCUUCGGCGAUGACCGAACAAAAGAAAUGUUGGGAGUUGUUGCCUGAAAAGUUUGACCGGUUUCAAACUUUGCGCAACAACAUCCAACAACAUGCAACAGGGUGUGCAAACGGACGCAACAUGUAAUAUCCAACAAUGUUGGGAGUUGUUGGUCAACAAUGUUGCGUCCGUUUGCACGGGGCUUUACCCUCCCUUUUCCAAUAUGUUUUGUUGUUGUUGUUGUUUUGUUUAGCUGUUGUUUACGCAAGUGUGUGUAGGCCUAACCUUAUCAGGUUAGUUAUUCCCCCCUUUUUUCUUUUCCUCUACCCAGGUUGCACCCCCGUCAGUUCCUUUGCUAGCAAAUUAGAAAGGCUAAAGUUAGCGAGGUUGUUGGACAGGUGUGUUUGGGAGGGUAAGCUCCCUAGCUGGACCGGACCUCUUUCACUUCUUUCCUCCUUGCCUUUAAGUUUGUUGUCCUAAUGUUGUAAAGAGGAAUGGCUUUCUUUCUUUUCUGAGUUUUGAAGAGAGUAUCAUUAAAGUGCCGGUUUGACAUUGUUCUUUUUCUCAGUUUCGGUUGUUUAGAGGUGAUGACAAAAUCUCGCUUCCCAUAACUUAGUUUCGCGAAGGCAGUAAGUGGUUUUCCUGACGGCAUGAAAAUGGCGUACUAAUUAUUCACUUUAUGUUUAAAACUUUCAAUAACUUCCAAAUCAAAUAUUUUCCAGUUUUCUAAAAUUUUAACCAUCGCCCUUAAGUUUUAUACAAUAAAAACAUUAAAAAAAUCAUCUUCAAGUUAGAAUUGUCUAAAUUCACUCUGCUUCGAUUCUCAUCCGACAUCUGAGCAUGAACUCCUCCGAGCCUUGACAGUUCAUUCGCAAAACCCUGCUGCUUUCUUCAUCUGCUUCGAUAAAAACUGGGACUUUUUCUUCACGCCAUCUAUUUCUUUUAUUCUGGGCGCACGCGUGUUUUUUAGGGCGGUUAUUACUACCACCCCGCUCGAGUUCGUGAACCAUAGGGAUCAUCGUUCAGCUGUUCCAGAUAGUUUCUCUUUAGCGAUGGCGACAUCAUUUUCAAGACUAGCAAUCAUUUACUCAAUUUGAAGAGAAAUAUUAUUGCCAACCCCGUUCUUUUUGGUCAAAAACUUACUCUGGCCAAAAGUUUGGUUUGGCUCUUUCUUCGUCAAUUUCGUUAUUCGUAUGCCUGUUAUGCCACUAGCACUGGUCCGCGCUUGUGCAGGUUUAUCAAAUACAAGUUUGGCAGUCGCGACAGUAAAAUCUUAGAGUUACCUAGUGUCUCGUGGUAUUUCAUGUUGUACUGUCAAAACAUGCGGCCUUUUUUUAGGGCACGAGAGGCGAAUUGUGACAUUCGCAUGGGUUGUGUGAUACACACAUGGCUAAGCGGACUGAUCAGUACGUCAGGGAUCAUCUUUAGAGACUAGUGUAUUCCUUGGGAUGUUCGCUUAAAGGCGACGACCUCUUCGUUGGAUCCGAGAAAGAAAUCAACCAUGAAUCGAAAAUGGAAUUUCGUCCGUUUCAUUGCUUUAAUCAUUGCACAGAUCAAUCCUAAAAGUGCCGUUUCCAACACAGCGUCGCUCAUAAGUAAUAAACCACGUCAUCCGAUGGUUCAAACCUUUAAUAUCAACAACUGGGGUUUCGAAGACGCUGAUCGAAAAAUUUUGAGUGAGAUCAAAUACAAAGUUGACUCCCUGUAUGAAAAAUCA